CGACUGCAAAAGUACGCGCUGAUGAUAGGCCUUUUAGGGGUCAACGGCGCCUUGAUUUAUAUUGCUUGGAAGUACAAGCAAUCCCAUUACAUCUUCCUGGUUCUCCUCGCGAUGAAUACAUUUCUCCAGGCGGUCAUGAUCAUGUGUUUGAUCAUCCACUACAUCUUCACGAGGCUCCUCUGCUGCUGCCUGAGACGGAAAGAGAAGAUCCCCGAUCGGCCGGAACGCAUUUGUAUGGUGAUUCCGUGCUAUAAUGAGACGAGACAUGAGCUGGAGAGGUCCCUCGAUUCUCUUGUCAGACAACAGGACCUGGAUGGCCAUGCACGGAUGGCACUGAUUAUCGUGGACGGAAAUGUGAAGGGCAAGGGAAUGGAAAAGACAACGCAAGAACAUCUCCUGGAUGACAUAUUGCUGAAAAGUAAUCGGACGUACUUCCGCAAUGGAUAUCGAGCACGAGAUGGUCUCUUCAUGGCAUGUACCGUCCAAGACGGCUACUACAAAGGAUUACCAUAUAUCCUUAUAGGAAAGAGAUACAACCAAGGGAAACGAGACUCACUAUGUUUCAUACGCUCCUUUUUGUACCAUUUCUGCAACCGCUCCCAAGGAAUCGAAACGAUCUUCAAUCCGAAGCUGUUCGAUCACCUCGCAAAUCUCCUCAUCAUCCAUGGCUUGAACGAGGUCGACUACCUAGUCGGGAUCGAUGCGGAUACCGUCCUUGCGGACGAUUGCGUUUCAGAGAUGGUGAAGGUUAUAAGGACGGAUCCAAAGCUUGUUGGCGUUUGCGGUCACGUCUGUGUUGACUUCGGAAACAGGCCAUUCGGUUUCUGGGAGCUGUAUCAAUACGUAGAGUACUCGCUCACCCAAGGCCUAAGGAGGAUGUUCCAAUCAAGGAUAACAGGAAGAGUCAAUUGCUUGCCAGGUUGCUGUCAGCUCCUUCGUGUUGACCAGGCUACGUUCGGUGAUAAGGUCCUUCGGGAAAAGUUUGGAUACGUCCCGAAGCCCAACGAUGGCAUGACCAAGCAUAUCAUGGGCAACUAUUCAGAAGACUCGAUACAUGCAUCGGUGAUAUUCUCUUGUUUUCCAAGCAAACGAACAGCCCAAGCACUCAAAGCGAAAGCCUAUACGGUAGUCCCCGAUAACUGGCGUGUCUUCCUCUCGCAACGGAAGCGCUGGAGUUUGGGAUCGAUUAGCAACGAGUUCGUCAUGGCAUGGCGUCCAGGUAUCCUCCUAAUUGAGCGGAUCUGUUCCAUCAUCACAUGCAUAACCUGGUUCAUAAUGCCGUUCAUAAUUGCUGCCUUUGCCGAACUGAUAUGGCUUCUCGUCCGGAAGGGCCCGAAGAUCAUCGAUGAUCAUGUUUUCAUCGGACUCUUAAGCGUGCUUGUGGUUCGAUAUAUUUACUCGUUCUUAAUCCUGGCCUGGCUGCCAUCCGGCUUCUUCGAACGGCUUCAGUUCUUCGUUGGGUUCUUCAUACAUCUCUUAGCUUCGCCUUUCAUGAACAUUAUUAUCAUCGUUUAUUCUCUCUUCUAUAGCGACGAUUUUAAAUGGGGCAAAACAAGAGAAGUCGUUGAAGAGGAGGACACGAUGGAGGAGAAGCGCCCAAUGAAUUUCUACCGGAGCAAUACCAGUUACUACAUAAGGAGGGAGAUAGAUGUGAAAGAGUAA